GUUAUACGAUUCUUUAUUAGCAUUGUCCAAUUAAAGAUGGCGACCGUACAAACACUAGUAAUGACAGCUACGAUUAAGAAACGCAUUAAUUGCUUUCAUCAUAGAUGCAACCAACACAACUGGAAGGGCUGGCAAUUUGGUGAAUGAUGGCAUUUUAAAGAGACACUUUAACUGCAAGAUGAAAAAGAUUGUUUUAAAUGGAGAAGUACAUUUGGUUCUAUUUGCAACAAGGCAAGUUUCCCCUGGCGACGAAUUAUUAUAUGAUUAUGGGGAAGAUAGUUUGUGGUGGAGAAAGUCUUGUGAGAAUGAUGUCAACUUGGAGACUUCUGAUUCUGAUGUGCCAACCAAAACUGAAAGCAUGGACAGAAUGCCAUCUGAUACAUGUAAUGAUUCUGAUGUAUCAACAGUGUAUGAUGAGUUGGAAACACAAGGAAACGACACUGAUGAUUCUGACUCUGACGUGCAAAGCAAAACUGAAAGCAUGGACAGAAUGCCGUCUGAUACAUGUAAUAAUUCUGAUGUAUCAACAGUGUAUGAUGAGUUGGAAACACAAGGAAACGACACUGAUGACUUGAAUACUACACCUGUUUCAGUCACAGAUUCUCAAACAAGUACUGGUAAUGAAAUCAAAGUCACACCUGUUUCCCAUGGAAUGAAUGGACAGAGAGUUUAUGACAAAAGGCAAGCUUGUUACUAUUGUGGACAGCUAUUUGCUAAAAUUUCUGAACACUUGGAAAAUAAGCACAAGGAUCAAAUGGAGGUGGCCAGGAUUAUUGCUAUGAAAAAGGGAAGCAAAGAGAGGACAUUGGCAUGGAAAAAAAUUAGGAACAUGGGUAAUUUUCAGCACAAUGUUUCAAUUAUGUCAACGCACGAUCAAAAUGAUAAUGAUUUGCAGUUGAUUGUGGAUAGACGUCCGAAGAAUGUCAGGUCCUUGAAAGAAUUCUUGCCUUGUAGUUUUUGCCUGGGAUUUUUCCUGAAGAGUGAACUCUGGCGCCAUUCUAAGACCUGUCCUUUGAAAAUGCAAGGCUCCGAGGAGCAAAAGGAGACACGUGUACAGUUAUCAUCUAAGUUACUGCUUGAAUCAUCAAUGGCUUUGACAAAGAACAGUAAGGUAGAUCAAGAGUUUUUAACAGUUGUUACUGGUAUGAAGCAAGAUGAUGUGCUAGAUUGUAUUAAAAGUGACAAUUCACUUAGACUUCUCGGUGGAAGCAUGAUCCAAAAAGUGGGUAAGUCCAGAAUAGCUAAUUUUAGACAAAAACUUCAGGGAAUUGGGUCGUUUGCUAAUUGAA